UUAUAUUUAUUACAUGCAUAUGACAAAAUAAUAUGGCUCAAAUUCACAUAUUUCUUCAUGCCUUCAUCCUCUUUCUUUCUUUAUUUUUUGUUGUAACUAAUGCAAUCCCUUGCAUUACUCUCGAUGAUUGUCCAGGGAAAAUUUUUAAUUUACUUUUUAGGUGCAUUAAUAAUAUUUGUGUACUCGUUAAAUAGUGUAACAAUACACAUGUUUAUUAAACUCAGUACUUUGAUGUUACAAGGCUAAGCUCUUAAUGAUACACAUAUGGUUUAUGUUAUUUUGAUCGUCAAUAUAUUUAUGAUACAUAAAACUUAAGACAAUAUGUGUGUAAUACAUUAUUAACACCUAGAGUUUUUUUUUAUAAAGAAUAACCCUAACUUUCCGAAAUAAUCAUAAUCCUCCUUUAGAAAAUAAAAUAAGAGUGUAUCAUUUUUUUUAAACAAAAUGAUUUGCUAGACGAUUAGAAAUAUAUGAGUGAAGGACAUAUUAUGGUAUCGAGUCUUAAAGGCUAGAUACGGGGAGGAGGGAGGGCGUUUGAAGGAGGGUGGUAGGCAUAGUUCUUGGUGGCGGCGGAUGAUGUGUGGUAUCCGCAAUGGUGUCGGUCUGGGUGUUGGGAGAUGGUUUGAAGAUAAUGUCUGUAUGGUAGUCGUAGGAGGAACUGACACUUAUUUUUGGACCGACAACUAGGUGGGUGGAGUUCCAUUACGAAUUCGCUUCCCCCAUCUUUUUGAGUUGGCUGAAAAAAAGUGGGCAACGGUGGAGGACAUGGAGAGGCGCAUGUGGGAGGUUGGGGGUGAUGCUUGGGGCUGGCGUAGGCGCCUUCAUGCUUGGAAGGAGGAGAGCGUUACAUAAUGUUCUAUCCUAUUGCAUGAUGUUGUUUUGCAUGCUAAUGUUCAUGACAGAUGGAGGUGGCUUAUGGAUCUCGCUCACUGUUAUUCAGCGAAGGGAACUUACCAGUUUCUCACGACGAUGGACGAGCCUCCUAAAAGGAGAUCGAUAGAAGAGGUGUGCCAUAAGCAAGCUCUGCUUAAGGUGUCGUCUGAGUGAGGCAUUUUAUUGCUCGGCGUCUUCUACGACGUUGUUUGAUUUCCGUCUUGUUGCGAUGUUCAUUUUAUUCCUAUUAAAAUAUUCGAUCAAUAAUUUAAGGGUUUACGCUACAAAUCGGGAUACACGUGGAUUUUGAUUUUUUGAAUUUUAUAAUAUUAUUUAUAGAAAUUUGACUUUCAUUUACUGUAAACGCAUCAGGCUCUCUUUACUGCUACUCGUAAACUGAUCCCUGAUUCAUUUGUCAGAACAAAACUUUUGUCUUUUAUAUUCUCACCUAAAAUAUUAUUCCUCUUUCGAUCCAAAAAAAUUCAUUCAUCUUUCUCAUUGUAAAAUCCACGCGCCAUGGAUGUUCGACGCGCUCCACGCGCCGUUAUCGACCCCAAACUACGACGCGUCGGUUUCUUCGACCAACCCGAACCCGAAACCCCACCGAUUCCACACUCUCCACCCUCCGACCCAACCAACCCCGUAAUCAUUCCGCCGCCACGUCUUCUCUCCGAACGAACCGCCGCCGUUCCCGUCCCUGAGUCAAGGUUCCGACGUCAGGAACUCGACGAUCAGGUGCCGAUUGGAAGCUACAAUCCUUCUGAGUCGGUACUCGGAACCUCGCCGACGGCAUCAAUUGCGUCUAGCGGUGUUGGGAUCAUUGAUGGAGAAUUCUCUGAGGAUUGUUCUCGUGUGGGAUGGUUGCGUGGUAGUGAUUUGAGUUUUCGUGGUGGAAGGUUGGAUUUGAAGAAUCGUGAAAAUCUGGAGGAGAAUGUGUUUUCUGCUGUCACGGCGAAUUUGGAUAAUCUUCCUCGAGAAAAGAAGCACGAGACUGUCACAGAAGUAUGCCCCAAUACGCCAUCAGUUUCACCGCCAUUGAAAUCAAAAACUACAAAGGCUGAGAGGCGAGCAUUGCAGGAGGCACAAAGAGCUGCAAAGGCUGCUUCUAAAGCUAAUGGAAAUUCAGCAGUUGCUGAAUCUGGCAAAGCAGCUUUAGCUAAAAGUAAAAAUCAGUCUUCACUAAAGAAAGAUGGUCCUCCGGUUACAUCGGAAGUCACUAUUGAUAAGAAAUCUGGGAAUCGUCCCCCUGAGAAAGAGAGGAAAAAAGAUGCCCCUCCUCAACGAAUGCAGUUUGAUGAUCAAAACAGAGUGGGAAAAGCUAAAAGGCGUGCGCUGGUAAAUCAAACUGAAGCAAAAAACAGAGUUGAAUUAUUUCGGCAUUUGCCUCAAUAUGAUCAUGGGUCUCAGCUCCCUAAUCUUGAAUCAAAGCUUUUCCAAUUGGACUCCGUGCAUCCUGCUGUGUUCAAGGUUGGACUACGUUAUAUGGCUGGAGAUAUAUCAGGGGUUAAUGCUCGUUGUACUGAAAUGCUUAGAGCGCUUCAGGAAGCCAUUAUAGACUACUCGACUCCUCCUGAAAAAGUACUUAUUCGGGAGUUAACUGCAAAAAUCAGUAGUUACAUUUCAUUUAUUAAUGAAUGCAGACCACUUUCUAUUAGUAUGGGAAAUGCAAUUAGGUUUGUGAAGCGUCGAAUUGCCAAGUUGCCCUUAAGUCAUACUGAUGUUGAGGCUAAAACAGCUCUGUGUUCUGAUAUUGACCGAUUUAUUAAUGAAAAAAUAAUUAUUGCGGAUAAGGUGAUUGUUGGGCAUGCUUCUACCAAAGUUAGGGAUGGUGAUGUUCUUCUUACAUAUGGAUUAUCUUGUGUUGUUGAGAUGAUUCUCUUAUCUGCUCAUGAUGUUGGGAAAAAAUUCCGAGUUGUCGUGGUAGACUCACGGCCAAAGCUUGAAAGCCAGGCCUUACUUAAUAGGCUUAUCGCCAAGGGCCUGAGUUGUACGUAUACUCAUAUAAAUGCUGUUUCUUAUAUCAUGCACGAGGUUACAAAAGUUUUUCUGGGGGCUUCUGCCGUUCUGUCUAAUGGAACUGUACUUUCAAGGGUUGGGACGGCAUGCAUUGCAAUGGUGGCUCAUGCAUUUAGUGUUCCUGUAUUAAUCUGUUGUGAAGCUUUUAAGUUUCAUGAAAGGGUGCUACUUGAUUCAAUAUGUUGCAAUGAAAUAGGUGACCCAGGGGCUCUUGCCACGGUUCCUGGAAGAAUGGACAUAAAUUAUCUGGAAAAUUGGACAAAUGAAGAGAAUUUGCAGCUUUUGAAUUUAAUGUAUGAUGUUACUCCUUCAGAUUACGUCUCAGUUAUUGUUACGGAUCAUGGAAUGAUCCCUCCUACAAGUGUACCUGUGAUCGUGCGUGAGUAUGGACAAGAGCAUUACUUGAUAUAGAUAGAGAUAAGUUAGAAAGUGACAUUACUGACAACCCGCAACCAAUUUUGAAUAGAACUUUACUGCAUACUUGAUGUCUAGUUACAAAAUUGAUUUUUUUUUUUUUUUUUUAUUCUUUUAUUUUGCUUUACCUCUCCAAAUGACUCUGGAGAUAUACCAGUUUUGAUCCAUGUAACUCCUCUGCAUUCUCCAGGGACCUUCCCACCAUAGUAGUGGAUAGGCAGAUUAGUGUUAGCCACCUGUGUAUGGACCUUAGCCAUGAGUUUUUCGGCCUAUACGCUAAUAACACGAAAACACUUUGGUCCUAGGUUUUCAAUCUCUAUUUUUGCGCUUAGUCUUGCUUAUUUGGUCACAUCCCUUUUCUUGCUAAAGAAACUUUAUCGCCAUGUCCUAGGUGAUCCAUUCAUUGAGUCCUUUUCCAUUCUACUCCCUUGUUAUGUACACAUGUACUCUUAUUCAAUAUCAUACUCUAAAGUUAUAUUCAUUCUUAUAUGUUCACUCAAUUACGUUGUAAGAGCUUUUAUAAUGUUUAAGACUUAAAACUAAGAGUUUGUGACUGGGAAAGUAUCCUGCCAGGAAAACAACAACUUUAUCAAAUCUUUUUGCAUUUUAAGCUCUAUGAAUGUUGAGUUCUGCCGUCUAUGCGACUGUUUGGUUUGUCUCUGCAAUACGUUGAGCCAAAUCACGAUGAAAGACCACCUUAAUGCAGAAGCAAGACUUGGAGCUUUUAAAAGGUUGCGAUGGAGACAGUGAUACAACUUACAUGUGAGUUUGAACAUUCAAUAAUGUAAACUUACACUCACAUGUGUAUCUUUUAUGCUCUUGUUGUAAUUUGACAAAAAUUGUAGCCAUUGUCCGAUGGAUUUCUGGAUACAUUCAUAUGUACUAGGCAGAGUGGGUAACAAGGUAUUUCCAGCAACUCAUGUACCUGUGCCCACAUCUAUAAUACACAGUUUUGUUAACAUAGUUAAUUUGACAUGAACAUUUGAAGAGGAAGAAGAGAAGAACCCAUAGAGGCUAGGUUUCAUAAA